AUGCGCCCACACUUGAAGCGAGGAGGCACAACUUCCAAGGUCUGGAUAGCCAUCUUUGUGUGCCACAUCACGAAGGCCAUGCACAUAGAGUUGGUGAGCAAUCUCUCAACAGAGGCUUUUGUGGCUGCCUUUAGAAGGUUUGUCGCACGCAGAUCUGCUCCUCAGCAUCUCUAUUUGGACAACGCUACUAAUUUCACUGGUACAUCCAACGAGCUCUCGAGGCUUUUGGCACAAGAGUCUUCGCAGCGUGCUCUUCAUGAUGGUCUCCUGGGACAAAGAGUGCAGUUCCACUUUCAACCUCCCGAGGGUCCACAUCACAAUGGCCUCGUAGAAGCCGCUGUCAAAUCAGUGAAGACUCAUCUUUCCAAGAUUGUGGGUUCCUGUGCACUCACAUUUGAGGAACUCCAGACUGUGUUAACACAGAUUGAAGCAGUGCUUAAUAGUAGGCCUAUUAUGCCACUGUCUUCGGACCCGUCAGAUCCUCCACAUCUCACCCCUGGCCACUUCUUAACUGGUGGUCCCCUGACAGCUCUUCCGGAUCCUAACCUGGAGUCCAUUCCCAUGAACAGGCUCUCCAGAUGGCAACUCUGUCAGCGCCUAUCUCAGCAAUUUGCUGCAAGGUGGAAGAGAGACUACGUUCACCAUCUCCAGGAACGUACUAGGUGGAAAUCAAUUUCGCCCAACGUGAAGGUAGGAGAUCUGGCUCUUCUUGCCAAAGACAACGUUCCGAGCAUUCAAUGGCAAUUAGGAGAAAUUGUCAACGUGUGUCCUGGACCAGACAAUCAUGUCAGAGUCGUCGAUAUUCGCACAAGGAGUGGAGUUUAUCGUCGGCCAGUUACGAAAAUUGCUCUCUUGCCCAUGGAGCAAGAGACCCCGGAGGAUGUUGGAGCCCAGACUCCAACUGACACGGAAUUUAAAAAUCACAACUUGUGCUAA